GUGCUCUCUCCAUCUCUCUCGCAUGGCAUGGCAUGACAUGGCCUGCGGGAAGGCACGGCGAUAUUGGCGGGGGGAUGGUGAGGCUCAUAUGACUACCAUCGCACUCGCACACUGCUGAUCACGCCCUGCUCUGCUGAUGCUUGUGCUGUAUGCCUCUUAUCAUCCCUACAGCAGCUAUCACUCCAACCUCGAGACAAAGGCACACAACUACCGAGCGACAGGGAGUCCAUACCGCCUAACACACGACCACCUACCUACCACUCGUAGCAAAAGCAGCACCAUGACUUGGUAGACUCUACUCAUCGAAACGCUCACGGCCAUCCUCUCACCACUGUCUCCAUCCCUCCCGCUCCCACAACGGGCACCUGCCAUGCCCUUCCCAACCCUCCCCUCCCCACCAACCCUCUUCCCAACCUACCUCCUCCCCUCCAACCCUUUCCGACGCCGCAACCGCAAACCCAGCCUCGAAAGCACAACCUCCUCCUCCUCCUCCUCAACAACCUCCCCCUCCCCACCGACAAACGCCCCCACCUUCCUCACAACCCACACCUCCCACCUCCGCUGCGCCCGCUGCCUCUCAGACCUGGCCCUAUCCUCACAAAUAAUCUCCAAAGGUUUCACCGGGCGACACGGCCGCGCCUAUUUAGUCGCGCCCCCCUCACCAUCCUCACCCUCCAAAACCCCAUCACGAACGACCGACCCCCUCCCCAACCUCCCCAACACCUACACCCACAAACCCGUCCCCCGCCAACUCGUCACGGGGGCGCACACAGUCGGGGACAUUUCCUGCGCGCAGUGCGGAGCGGUGUUGGGGUGGAAAUACAUCCAUGCGGAAGAGGAGUCGCAGAAGUAUAAAGUCGGGAAGUUUAUUUUGGAGAUGAAACGGGUGUGUAGGAGUUGUAGGUGGGAGGGGGAGGAAGAAGGAGAGGAGGGAAUGGGGGAGGAGGAAGAAGAAGAAGUGGAGUUUGAUUCUGAUGAUGAAGAGGAAUGUGAGUUGUUGUUUCUUGGACAGUGGACGCAGGAGAGGGCGAGGGAGAUUCGGAGGGGGAAGGAGGGGAGGGGGUUUCCGAAUGUUGUUGUUGAGUGAUGGGAUGAUUCAUUGAUUGAUUGAUUGAUUUGAUACCCCUUGACGAAAACGACGCGAAUUAUAUGACACGACAUGAACGCUCAGGAGGCAUGCCUUGGAUUCGGUAAUACUGGGUUUGAUUUAUGGAUGGAGAGAGAGAUACCCUUGUUAUGUUAAUCAUUCUUUUUUUUUGACUAUACGCAGCAUCUUUGUUCAUAAUUAUACGUAGCUAAGCAUAUCCAUACCGCAUUCAAGUUCCUCAUGAUCACG